AUGUGCCCUUGGCUCUGCCCACCUGGCAUCUUUCUGCCUUUGCCUCUCUUCGUCGUUGCCUCAAUACUCCCUUGCUACAGGGGGAUUGCGGCCCGCGAUCCAUGGGGGGUGGACCGGGUCAUAUGGCCUCUGCUCUUCUCGUACGUAGCGGACUUCCCAGAAACCUGCAAGGUUUCGUGCACUCAGCAGCAUGGCAGUCAUAUGCCAUGCUCCCUGUGCUACGUGGAUAGGGGGCCGCUCAGGAACAUGACGGCAGCUGCGUCGGAGUCGCGCUCUGUGGACCAGCAAUCGUCACUGAUUGCCAAUCCUCGGCUGGCCAGGACGCGUCAGAAUGCACUACACCCAGGCGCCAGGCAGGCGGGACUGCUAACUCCUGGAGACGCGAGCUACUGGGUCUCUGGUGCCAACUUCACCACGUCGGAGCAUGCCGCUGUCAUGAUGGUGCGUUCCUACCAUCUAGUUUAUGCUCUCGUACGAGUGCCCAAUGCACGUGACGGUUGUCAGAUGGCAUUUGCUGACUACGCACUUCCUGUGUGGCAGAUUGUACCAUUCGUGCUGGAGGGGGAAGUUGCGGUCAUUUGUAGCCGCACGAUUGUCGCCUUUCUGGACUGGCACGAGACUUUCGUGCGGGCUGCGGAGCACACGGAUGAGAGUCUGAGUGCAUUCGACACUGCCACUCGCAGGAUGGUGCAGUUGGUGGAAAGCACCUUUCCACGCAAGCACUCUGGGUGGAACCUUGUGAAGGUGCACCUGCUGCUUCACCUUACUGAGGCGAUUCGAAGGGGGGGCCUGCCACGAGAGUACUCCGCGGCGGUGUACGAGAACGCACACAUCCGCACCUGCAAGAGGCCGUACCGACGGUCCAACCAUCGGGACGUGGGGCGUGUGAUUGCGCAGCACAACACCAACGCUGCUCUACUGACCCGUAUCCCAACCAACCUCGAGGGCAACCGCCAGUACAACACCGCGAUGCGCCGGGCAAUCGCCAGUGGGCUGCCCCAGCUGUGCCGCCAGCGAUCCAGGAUGCACAGCGCGAUCACGGACAGGGAGCAGGCUCCCCUGGACCUGUACGCGACGUACGAUGCCGCAAUCCCGGGAGGCAUUGGGCCAUACGCCUACUUGACGCGCCUCUUUGGCUACGUCUCUUUUCCGGCGUGGGUCCACACGGCGCUGGCUCUACCAGCCCGCGGGACGGACCACGGCCUGAUCAGGCCACACUAUGUCCGCGCCAACCCCUCUCACCACGGUGCUGCCACAUUCUCGUUCAUUGAGUACGAGGAUGGGACUGGGGAGACCGUGGUCGGCCGCGUGCACCUGCUCCUGACGCUGAUGAUGAACAGCGAGGAUGCACACCCCGCGGGAGAGGCCGUGGCCUUCGUGAGGCAGUGGUACCCCUCCCUGGAGGACGAGUGCACUGGCUGCAUGAGGAUGCGGCCAUCUGAUGACGAGCUGAGCUACGACCUUGUGCCGGUCGCCUCCGUGCAGAGGACCGUGCACAUGGUGGAGUCGUUUGUGACGCCUGGCCUCUGGUAUCUUAACAGGUGGGCUGGCCGAUGCCGCGAGGAGUUGCCCUAA